AUGUUGCUGGCCCUGAGUCCACACCAAGCAGCCUUCCCACCUGCAGGCAUGCAAGUCCAGCAGUUACAGGAGAUGGCAGAAAAUCUGGGGGCGGCUCCAGGAUCAUUCGAAAGCAGCCCGACCACAAUGAUUGCAAAAAGGCACAAGGAGGGGAAAGGCGUCUCUCCUUCACCUUCAUCCUCUUCAGAGGAAAAAAAAUCUUGUAAUCUUGUGUCACACAGAUGGGCCUUGCAGGGUCUUCAACUGGCUACCACCACUCUGAGCUGUGUUUGGAACAAGAGGGAGAGGAGGAGCACCGAGUAGCCCCAGCAGCUUAAAUACCUGGGGACUCAAUAAUUCCUCCUUCAUCUUUCUCUCUGCAGAAUAGAGAUGGGCUCCUGGAUUUUCCUGCUGUCAGUCUUCUUGCAUUUGAGUUUUGCAACGUCUCCCGACCCGCAAUAUGUCUUGAUCGUGCCUUCAGUCCUGCGCUCCAACGCUUCCAACCAGGCCUGUGUGCAGCUUCAGAACCUCAACGAGUCCGUUUCCCUGAAGAUUGAGCUGGACUACAACAUGGACCACCACAGCAUUUGGGAGGGGCAGGUGGCCGAGAACCAUUUUUCUCAGUGCGUCAACUUCACGGCACCCCCUGUGACUUCUGAACCACUGGCCUUUGUGGUUCUUUCAGUCGAUGGCUCCUCACUCCACUUCUAUGAAAGGAGGUCUGUGGCCCUCCGGAACAGAAGCACAGCGGUCUUUGUCCAGACGGAUAAGCCUAUCUACAAACCGGGACAGAAAGUGAUGUUUCGUGCCAUUACUCUGGAUGAAGAUUUCAAAGCAGUUAACAAAACGUAUCCAUUGAUCUACAUCUCGGAUCCCCAAGGCAAUAGGAUUACUCAGUGGGAGAAUCAAGCAUCUUCCACAAGUUUCUUACAACUGGAUUUGCAACUUGAUGAGCAUCCCAAUUUGGGACACUUUAGAAUCACCGUCGCAGAUGGAACGAGUUUUAACGCUAACCACUGGUUCGAGGUUAAGGAAUAUGUGUUGCCAACAUUUAGUGUGGAAACUAAAGUACCGCGGAGGGUCUCCCCUUUUGAUGAAGAGUUCAAAGUCGACGUUUGUGCUAAGUAUACCUAUGGCCAACCUGUCCAGGGGACAGUCCAGCUCCAAGUGUGCCGGCCCCGCUAUUACUACCAGCAGUGUGAGAACGAUUCUGACGGGAUUUGUGAAGCUGUUAGUGCCCAGCUGGGCAAAGACGGCUGCACUUCCGAGACGAUUGGCACAAAAGCUUUCCGCCUUUACACAAACCUGGGCAAAGAUCGUUAUUUCUUUUCGUCGCUUCAAGUGAAGGCGGUUGUGACGGAGAACGGAACAGGUAUCCAGAAAUCAACCAAUGACUAUGUCUCAGUCUACCAAGCCAAAAAGACUGUAUCUCUGGAGUUGUCAGAAUCAUACUAUAAAAGAAAAAUUCCAUACACUGGACAGAUUCGGCUGAAAGACGAGAAUGACGCCCCCGUUGCCAAAGGGCUGCUCUUCUUGGAGCUUGAUGGGGAGGUUGUGGCUAACUACACCACGGAUGAGAACGGCACUGCUCGGUUUUCCAUCGACACCUCCCAGCUCUCUGAGCCUCGCUAUAAAUUGAAGGUUUACCAUCACCCAGAUCAAUGUACGGAGUAUGGCUGGCUCGAAACGGAGCAGCCAGAAGCCAUCCGCUACAUCCAUCGCUUCUACUCCCGGACUGACAGCUUUGUGAAGGUGGAGCCCGUGGAAGAAGAGCUGAAGUGUGGCCAGCAAAGGCCAGUGACCGUGCACUAUGUCCUCAGCAGAGGAGACCACCACGAGGAGUCGGCCACCAGCCUUGACUUCUUUUACGUUCUGAUGACCCAAGGCAAAAUUGUGGUUGAUGGCAAGCAGCAAGUCAACGUCAGAGUUGGACAUCCCGGCUCUUUCUCCGUCUCACUGAACGUUGAUGAGAAAUUGGCUCCAAGAUCCAGGAUGAUGGUUUAUCUCUUGCAUGACGGGGAGCUGGUGGCCGACAGCAUCUCUUUCGAAGUUGAGAAGUGCUUCCGAAACAAGGUCAGUCUGCAGUUCUCUGAGAAACAAGCCCUUCCAGCCUCCAGCGUCAACCUUGACAUCGAAGCUGUCCCCAAUUCCAUCUGUGCCUUGCGAGCUACAGAUAAGAGCGUCCUGCAUUUGAGGCCCGGAAUGGACCUGUCUCCUGACAAUGUGUAUAACCAGCUUUCGUAUAGUCACUCUUACGGUUAUUAUUUUGGAGGUCUGAACUUGGAAGAUGAUCCUACACAGCCAUGCAUUGAGCUGAAGAAUACCUUUUUUAAAGGCUUGUACUAUUUGCCUGUGAAUGUCACCGAUGAUGCGAAUGUCUACGAUAUUGUCAAGGACAUGGGUCUCAAGGUUUUCACCGGGUCCACACUGCGGAAGCCUGUUGUGUGCCGAAGUGAUCUGGAGUGCAAGAAAAUUUCAUCGGAAUAUGGUGACAGUGAUGAUGAUGUUGUUCCUAGGUAUUCAUUACAAAGCGGUGCAGAUUUUGGUGGUUCUGCUCAUAAUCUCGUUGAAACUGUGAGGCAGUUCUUCCCUGAAACCUGGAUGUGGAGUGCAAUCUCUGUCAAUUCUAGUGGGAAGGCCAUCCUCUCAUACACCGUACCAGACACCAUCACGGAAUGGGUGGCCAACGUGUUCUGUGUGGAAGACCAUGCUGGGUUUGGCAUCUCCCAGCCAGCGCACCUGACAGCUUUCCAGCCGUUCUUUGUUGAACCAACCCUGCCCUACUCCCUUAUCCGAGGGGAAAACUUCAUUCUUAAAGCCAACGCCUUCAAUUACUUGAACCACUGCAUUGAGGUGAGUACUACGUUGGAUGAGUCCCAGGAUUACAAAGCAGAAAGUCUGUCCUCAGAAAGCACCUUCACAAGGAUAUGUGCCAAUGAAAGAAAGACUCAUACUUGGAGAAUUCACCCUCAAGCACUGGGUAUGAUGAAUGUCACAAUUACUGCUGAAGCCAAACCUGGUGAGCUGAGCGUGGGACGACGCGACACAGUAAUCCGACCUCUGUUGGUGGAGCCUGAAGGUGUCAAGAAGGAAGUGACUCAGAGUUCCCUCCUCUGUGUAAAAGGCACGUCAGCCAUGGAAUCGGUGUCCUUGAACUUGCCUCAGAAUGUGGUGGAGGGAUCUGCGAGAGCCUACUUUUCCGUCCUUGGUGAUGUUCUGGGCACAGCUCUGAGUGACACAGAAAACCGUCUCCAGAUGCCUUCAGGUUGCGGGGAGCAAAACAUCGCAAUGUUCCUGGCCAAUCUCAUCGUCUUAAACUACCUGAAUGACACCAAGCAGCUGACGGAAGAAAAAAAAGUCCUGUUCGUUGGACGUCUGUCCAGUGGAUACCAAAGGCAGCUGUCGUUCAGAUCCCCCACUGGAUUCUUCAAUACUUUUGGGAGCCAAUAUGAAGAAGGAAACCUGUGGGUCACCGUUCUCACCUACAAAGCCUUGGCAAAGGGCAAGGAGUGGAUCUACGUCGACGACAACGUCCUGGACCAAGCACUGAACUGGAUUGCCAGCAAACAGGGGCCGGAUGGCUGCUUCCAUCAGGCUGGGGAUAUCUUCAACAACGCCGUGAAGGAAGGAGCAAAUUAUACCCUCCUACUGACUGCCAAAGUUGCUGUUUCAUUGCUGGAAGCUGGCCGUACCAGCUCGUACCCUGUGGUGCAACAGUGCCUCUCUUGCUUGGACGUGGCUUCUACCAGGGGCGUUGAUGUCACCUAUGAAAAGGCUCUCCUCGCCUACACUUACAGCUUGGCUGAGGAUGAAGAACGGUGGCAAAAGUUCUUGGAGGACUUGAAGAUUUCCGCUACGAGAACAGGAGACCUGCUUCACUGGGAAAGGGAGAGCCGGCCGACUGCGGAAGCCUUCGCCUCCUUCUACCCUCGCGCCUCAUCGGCAGACAUUGAGAUGACCGGCUAUGCCAUGCUGGCCUUCCUCAACCAACCCAGCCUCUCCCAGGAAGACCUGACUUUUGCCUCGCGGGUCGCUCAGUGGAUGGUCAGACAGCAGAAUUCCUACGGAGGCUUCGCUUCUACUCAGGAUACGUAUGUUGCACUCCAAGCUCUAUCUCACUAUGGGGUCCUCACCUUCACAAAAGAUGCCCAGAACACAAUAGAGGUCAGCAGUGCCGGAGGAGCGUUCCAGAGCCAGUUCCAGGUGAAUAGCAGGAACCGCGUUCUGCUCCAGCGGGCUGCCUUGCCCAGCGUCCCCGGGAACUACAGCGUGGAAGUGAAGGGCUCCGGAUGCGCCUACGUGCAGACCACCCUGAGGUACAACAUCAUUCUGCCCUCGCAGGCCUCUGGUUUUUCUCUGGACGUGCAGACAAGAAAUGCUUCCUGUACUGGCAGCUUCCUCCCACGGUUUCACCUUGUCUUGACAGCCAGUUACACCGGAAUGCGAAACGUCUCCAACAUGGCCAUCAUUGACAUCAAAAUGCUGUCUGGUUUUGUCGCUGACGAAUCCUCUUUAGAGCAGCUGCACGGCCAAAUCAUGCGCAGAGAAAAGAAGAACGACCACGUCCUGUUGUAUCUGAAGAAUGUAUCAUCGAAGGCAAUCACCUUAACGUUCAUCGUAGAAGAAAGCCAUCCUGUAGCCAACAUCCAACCGGCUCAAGUUAUCAUCUAUGAUUAUUAUGAAACCGACGAGUCUGCCCUGGCUGAAUACAACACUGCUUGUCCACAGAACUCAUCUUGAGACCGACAGACAGAAAGGGAAAUCGCAGCGUGAUGUAUUUGUGUGCCACAUCUGAUUCAGCGAGCCCCGGAAAUGGCCGAAGGAGACAGAAAGGAAGACAGAAUCUAUUUUUUUUAACCUGACACCAGCUUAUGAAGACCUCGAAUUCCUCAUUUCUAGAAUAAAACAUUUUAUGAGUGUU